AUGUCCGAAACAGUUACCCAGACUGAAACGGACCAGAGGCCAGCCACGGCCAGGAGUCUUGGUGCAGAAGAAAAGGAGGCCAAGUCGGAUGAGCAGUUCCAACAGGAACGCACAAUCAAAGGCUUCAGGUGGUUUAUCGUCAUUAUCUCGAUUCUCUCCUCGGUCACUCUCUAUUCUCUGGACAAUACGAUCGUCGCUGAUAUCCAGCCUCAAAUCAUUAACACUUUCGAUGAGCUCGACAAGUUGCCCUGGUUAUCGGUCGCUUUUCUGGUGGCUUGCGUUGCUACCAAUUCGAUAUGGAGCAAGAUAUACAGUCAGCUCAACGCGAAAUGGCUCUAUCUGUUUUGUGUCGUCCUGUUCGAGGUCGGGUCAGCUAUGUGCGGUGCAGCGCCGACCAUCAACACCUUAAUUGGCGGCCGAGCACUGGCAGGCCUUGGGGGAGCCGGGCUAUAUGUUGGAGUCAUGACUCUCUUGUCGGUUAAUACCAGCAAGCGCGAGAGACCCAUGUACAUUGGGAUGACGGGUCUGACAUGGGGCGUUGGGACGGUUCUUGGGCCCAUUGUCGGUGGUGGUUUUGCCGUCAGCAAGGUCGGUUGGCGCUGGUCCUUCUAUAUCAACCGUGAGUGUCGACCGUCGGUCCAACCCAUUCGCCCGCUGACAGUUCCUCCAGUCUUCUUCGCAGCUGUAGCAAUCCCCAUUUACCUCUUCAUGCUCCCAUCGUUCGACCCCCGGCCGGGAGUCUCUUACAAGGAACGGCUCGCCCAGCUGGACUAUCUGGGAACGAUCCUAAUGAUCGGUGCCUGUGUUUCGGGGGUCAUGGCUAUUAACUUCGGUGGCCAAAUCUAUCCUUGGGACUCGGGCCAGACAAUUAGCUGUUUCGUGGUAUCUGGAGUCCUCUUCAUCGUGUUUGGUCUCCAACAAUGGUACUGUAUCGGGACCACGAAGGAAAACCGGACAUUCCCCUGCCAAUUCUUAGCGCGCCCGGCGUUCAUCAUUCUAUUCGUGCAGACAGCGUCCGUGGCCACGGUGUUUUUCGUUCCCAUCUAUUUUGUCCCACUGUUCUUCCAGUUCACCCGAAAUGAUUCUGCCAUAGACGCUGGUGUCCGCCUUCUCCCACUAGUCUGCUUCAUUGUUGCGGCCAUGAUUCUGAACGGCGCCCUCAUGUCGAAGUUCGGAUAUUACAUGCCUUGGUAUCUUGUUGGUGGCUGUCUGUCCCUCGUUGGCAGUGUCCUCAUGUACACCAUCAAGCUCGGAACUUCCACGGCGAAUAUUUACGGCUACAUGAUCAUCCUGGGUGUCGGAGGUGGCAUGUACGCACAGGCAAGUUUCGCCGUCGCCCAAGGAAAAGCCAGGCCGCGCGAGAUCCCAGUCGCGACGGGGUUCAUCUCACUAGCACAGCUCACCGGCGGUACCAUCGCUCUCGCCAUUGCAAACUCCGUCUUCCUAGAGAAAGCCUCGGCGGGGAUUAUGGCUGUCGUCCCAGACGCAUCGAAAGAGACGGUCCAGAGCGCGAUCAGCGGUGCCAGCUCGAGUUUCUUCCAGACGCUGGAUCCGGAUGUGAGGGAGGCUGUGCUGGCGGCUGUUACCCAUGCCAUUAGCCAGGUCUAUAUCUUGCCCAUCACCGGUGCCGCAAUGAGUAUUUCCCUGGCUAUUUUCAUGCCGAGGGAGAAGCUUUUUGUCGCGAGCGACAGUGGGGAUCGCGAUGGCGUGACUCCAUUGGGAGCCAUGGGUUGA